AUGUUUCUCCUUCAUUCUCAUUUUUUUUUUGUUAUAAAUUCAUUCUUUCACAUACCUAAACCAGUGCCCCCGUCAGUUUCUCUGUCUUUCGGACGUUGCUUCUGUUUUGCCUCCACCAAAGUGAAAGUUCAACUUUUAUCUUCUAUUUUCUUUUAUCCUCUCGAUAUUCUUGUUUCUCUUUUUCUUCUCUCAUUCUUUUUUCUUCUUCUCUCUAUAUCCUUCUUUUGCCUUUAUUAUUCUUUUCUUUCUUCUGAUUUCUCUUUUUCUACCCACCUCUCUCUAUAUUCUUUUUCUCUCGCUUUCUUCGCCUCUUUUUCGUCUAUCUCUUUUAUUUACUAUUUCUUUGUUUCCCUUUUUUCGCUUCUACUUAUUUUGUAUGUAUCUCUUCUUUUUCUUCUCCUUGCUUUUUUCUUCUUGACAAUCUUUUCUUACAUACUUUUACUCUUCUUUUUUUUAAUUUUCUUCUUUUUUUCUUCUAUCCCUUUAUUAUUUUUUUCUUUUUUCUUUUUCUUUUAUCCUUUUUUUGUUCUUUUCUCUUAA